AUGAAUUGAAUUUUUGUAAAUAUCAUGAAAAAAGCUGGAACUUAGGCACAUCUUAGACUUAAUAUCCAAAAUACCUUUUGUGAUAGACAUAUUUGCAUAUCAAAUGUAUCAAAUGACUUUUUUAAUGUUGUGCCCCUGAGAAAAACAUAAAAGUGAAAACCCCACACAGAAAAUAUCAACAAAAUAAAUUACAAAUAAACUCGACGAAAAUUGUAUUUUUAAUAAAUGAAAUAAAUAAUGUCUUCGGGAGAGGAAUUGCCAGCAGGCGAACAGUCACCCAAGAGGCUGUCUCAGAUUUUUGAACCUCUUGUGGACUUUCACAAGACAGCGCAGGCAAAAGGCGUCCAUAAGGCUUCUUCCAGCAGAUUGACAACAGGUUCCAGUUCAACUCCGAACAGUCCUAGAUUAUUUCCAAAACGGAACAAAUCAACACAUAGUCCACCAAAUGCAGCAUUUAUUGCCAAUCCUUCACUUUUAAGUGACAAUGGUCCCUCUUCAUGGUCUCAUUUUUCAGAGUUGACCGAACAAAUUAACAACUAUCAACAAGAAUACUCUGAAAUUAAUUGGCAAGAAAGGUGCCUAGAGCUACAAUUAGAAUUACAUCGAUCCAGGAACCAAGCAGGACGAAUCAGGGAUAUGCUCAAAGAAAAGGUGGCAGAUCUAGAAAAGAGGCUAAUUGAGGCCGAACAACGAUCAGAGGAAGCUCAAAGACAAGUUCUUGUGAUGGAACAAAAAUUUUGUGAUUGGCCCAGUUAUGAGAAAAAUACUCCGAAUACAGACACUGAGAAAACACUAAAAAAAUUGCAGAACCAAGUUGAAGAACAAAAGCUCCUAAGACUUCAAGACGCAAAACAAGUAGAAGCCAAAGCGGCCAAAAUUAAAGAGUGGGUCACAAAUAAACUGCGAUAUUUGGAGGACCAAAAUCAGUUACUAAGGGAUGAAAAUUCAAAGUACCAUCAACAAAUUGAUAGUUUAAAGAAUCACAUAGUCCAAACUGCCACUAGUCGAACACCUCCUCCAAAUCAACGUGCAAGUUUUAGUUUAAACGUGCGCGAUAGCAAGGAUAGAUCUUCGUUGUUUAAACAAAGUGACUCUCUGUCAUCGCCUGGAAGUCGUUCAUUAGAACCAGAUUUAAAAUAUUAUCAAAAUAAAAAGGUCACAAUGGAACCACAAGAGCUGACAAGAGACUUGGCAUCUGCCAUCGAUGAUCUGACAAUAACUCCUCAUCAAAAUCCCAUGACUUUUGAUGCCGAAAUUACGCAUGACUAUGCCGAGAUUUACACACCUUCAGUGGAAAAAUCACAAGAUUGGCUAACGGAAUCUAGUUUUAGAGCUCCAACUCCACCACUACAUCGUUUCCCAAGUUGGGAGGCUAAAAUUUAUCAAGUAGCUAAAGAAGGCCUUACUGGAAGCGAAGGCGAUGCUUCUCUCCAUUCAACUGAUUCAACAGCAAAACAUGAAUCUCGGUCACAAGUAACCAGCUAUUGUGACAUCAAUGUUCCAGUUUACGCUACGGUUAAAGGACGGGCUUCUCAAAUAAGAAACAUGCCAUUUGGCGACUCAACUGAUUCCAGUGACGACGAAGAACAUUGUAUUAACACAUAUGCUACCUCAACGCAUAACUCUUCCAGUACAGAUAACAGUGAAAAUAGUGCCUCGGGACCGGCAACUAGUCCAUCGAAACGGAUUUCUAUACAUCAAAGUCCAGUGAAAAAAGUGCGAUCUGAAAGUCCUAAAGCUAAGCUCCGCGACAAGAGUGCACGAGAUGAAAACAAUGAAGUAGAUUCUAUAUCCUCUGAUUAUGCAAUUCCACCAGAUGCGAUGCCCGAAAUUGAGCCUGCACCACCAGUUUUGGAAUGCCCUCCUAUUCCUGCUGUCUUGUUGAGGUCUUCAUACGUUGAAUCUCCCAUGAAAAAAAUCGAAGUUUCAGAAAAAAGUGGACAUUUAAUCAAGCUAAGUGGUAAAUUGAAAACGUGGAGAAAAAGGUUUUUCGUGCUCAAAAAUGGAACUUUGACAUAUUGGAAGAGUCAACACGAUGUUAAUAGAAAACCGCAAGGACAAAUUUAUCUGGACGAUAAGUGUAGAGUUACAAGAGAAGAAAAUGCAUCUACAUUUGAAAUCAAUACUGGAAAGAAAAUAUUUUAUUUGACAGCUGAUUCAAAUGCCUCUAUGGAUGAUUGGGUAAAAACUUUACAAAAUGUUCAACGGAGAAAUGCAACAAAAUUACUUCUGAGUCGUGAAGAUCAAAAACCUACUGUUCAAGGAUGGGUGACGAAAGUUAAAAAUGGACAUGCAAAAAAAUGCUGGUGCGUUUUGAUAGGACGAAUGUUUUUAUACUUUAAAGGUCCUGGAGAAAACACACCCACGGGUGAAAUUAAUAUGCGCGAUGCCAAAGUGGACGAGGUCGAACAUAUAUCAGAUGAUUCAGAUGAGGAUGUCAGGGAUGAUGCUCAAGAUCAAGCUAAACUCACAAUUGCAAUUUUCCCACAACAUCAAGGUCCAACAUACUUGAUUUUUACCACAAAGCAAGAACGAGAUAACUGGCUAUAUCAUCUUACUGUUGUAUCAGGUGGUGCUCGAAACGCUGGCACACAGUACGAGCAGCUAAUUCAAAAAUUAAUGGAAAUUGAUGGAGACGAGACAUCUGUCAUUUGGCGACAUCCUGUAUUGUUGCAUGUAAAAGAGACACUAACUUCUCCUUUAACCUCACUAGAGACGGAAACUCUUCAAGCGGAAGCUAUAAAAUUGUUCAAAAGUUGUCAAUUGUUCAUGUCAGUGGCAGUUAGUCAGCCAGCAAUCGAUUAUCAUGUUGUGUUAGCACAGAAUGCUCUCCAAGUGUGUCUGGAUAAUCCUAAACUACAAACAGAACUAAUAUGCAUUCUCAUAAAACAAACAAGUCCCCAUUCAUCUCAAAAAUUAGGCGCAGGAGUUCAGCAAUUACUAUUGUGUGCAACCCAGAGUUUAUUUACUUGUGAUUCUUCGCAACAAGGACUCACUACCCAGGCGAAUAAUAGUACAUCUCCUCCAACCCAUCAGGCAUCUCUUUUAGACUGCAAAACAAAUCCACCAACAUACUCAUUCAUACAAGGUUGGCAACUAUUGGCUCUGGCAGUUUCUUUAUUUGUUCCGAAAAAUAACAGGUUAUUGUGGUACUUGAAAUUACACUUGACUCGCCACUCCGACAGCAAAACGGAAAAUGGAAAGUACGCAAUUUAUUGUGAACGUGCUCUUGGACGGUGUACAAUUAAUGGGGACCGUGAAGCGAAACCUUCUAGAAUGGAAGUGCUUUCUAUUUUGCUGAAAAAUCCUUAUCACCAUUCUCUACCUCAUGCAAUACCGGUCCACUUUGCAAAUGGAACGUAUCAAGUGUGUGGAUUUGAUGGCUCAACUACAAUUGAAGAAUUCCAAAUAACUUUGACGCAAGAAAUUGGUUGCAGAGAUGCAUCAAACGGAUUUAUACUAUUUAGUGAUGACCCCAUUGAGAAAGAUUUGGAACAUUCACUCGAUCCACAGGCAAAAGUGUGUGAUGUAAUUUCAAAGUGGGAGACUGCGCUAAGGGAGAAAGGCUCUGGAAAAUUUGAAAAUUCACGUGUGGUCCAACUAACAUACAAAAAUCGUUUGUAUUGGAAAAAUUCCACAAAGCUGGAGACAGACAAGGAAAGACUUCUUUUGGUCUAUCAAACAAACAGCCAAAUUGUACAUGGACGUUUUCCACUUUCUAAGGAGUUGGCUUUAGAAUUGGCUUCUUUGAUGGCUCAAAUCGAUUUUGGUGAUUGCACGUCUGAAAAGCUCAAGAAUUCGCCGAUUCAAGCACUAGAUCGGUUCUACCCGUAUCGAUACAGAGAUACGCUUUCGCCAGAAGCUCUGAAAGAACUCCAGGAACUUCUCACCACAAAAUGGAGAUUGCUCAAAGGGAAAUCCGUUGUAGAUUGUGUUCGUAUCUAUUUGACGUGUGCUAGGAAGUGGCAAUUUUUCGGUGCUGCAUUGUUCCAAGCGCAACCACGAUAUUCCGACAUGGCAAUGACUUGGAUAGCAGUGGCAGAAGAUGCGCUAAGUGUACUUGAACUUUCGUCGAUGACACCAAUAGCAAGACAUUCGUAUGACAAUAUCCUGACUUUCGGUGGUCAUAUGGAUGAUUUUAUGCUUGUUGUUAGUUCCGACGAAGAGCCCAAUAUCGAAAAGAAAUACUUAUUCGCAUUAAGUAAACCAAAAAUUCUAGAGCUCACUUUGUUGAUUGCGGAUUACAUGAAUGCCCUGGGUCAUACUUUACCUGGAACUCCGAAAGCAAAUACUCUGACGCGCAAUAAUAGUCACAGAAGUAUCAAAUCACGCGUUCAGUAUGGAUCACAAGCAAACGAUACAAUUAACUCGUAUAGUAAUAGUUUGGCUUUACAACCUGAUAUUUUAAAAAGUACACCAGAUCAUCAAAAAUCUAAAAAGAACUAAGAACAAAUAUUUAUUCCAUUUUAUUAAAAAGUAUUAUUUUAGGAUAUGUAAAGAAUUUACAUUUAUAUUAUGCAAUUUAUGUGUGUUUUAUUCGAGUCAUAACAUUUCAUCAUUUAUACAUUAAACCAAAAAAAUAGAAUCAUUAUAGAAAGAUAUUUUAUUCAGUUAAAUAUUUACACAACAAAAAAUGUAUAUAAGUAUUUAAAAAAA